AUGUCACAAUCUCCAGCCGCUUUACUGGACACGGAUUCUUUUCCCGCGGCUUCGAACUCGUCGUCUGCACAUACCAAAACCGGUGCCGCCCCCCGUUUACAAUGCAAGUUCUUCUUACAACAGAAGAACAGACGGUGCGGCAUGACACGCAAGACCAAUCUGGAAUACUGCUCAGAACAUCUGAAUCUCCUCAAUCACGAUGCGGAGGGCCCUACGGGCCGCCGCAUCGCAUGUCCCAUCGAUCCUCGCCAUUCCGUUUGGGAAAAAGACGUGGCACGACACAUGCGUAAAUGCAGCACUGCCAAGAAAAACGCCCCACCAGUGGACUGUCCGUGGUUCAAGCUCAACUACAACCUGAAAUCCACAAGCCCAGUGGUAUCCAGUCACGCUGCAGAUAACACAACAGUCUUACAGGCCAUCCCGGUCUUGAACAAAUGUUUCGACGAUCGUUUCGGUGACAAGCCACUCCCGUUGGUAGUCAAAAGCAACACGACCGUUGAAUCUCAACGGUUUCCACAGCUAUUGGGCUCCAAAAAACACGCUCUUCAGCAGUCGUCUCUGAUCCAGCAUUUGAUAGAAAAUUCCAUGGCCUCUCAUAAAGAAGGCACCAAUUUCAUCGAGUUCGGAUGUGGGCGUGCCGAGUUUUCCCGCUACGUCAACCGCGCCAUGCAUGUCUAUUACUCUCAAGAAGUGACAAAGAGUAUUCCCCAGUCGAAAUUCAUACUCAUCGACCGGGCCUCCAACAGAAUGAAAUUUGACUCAAAAUUCAAAGACGACUAUGACGAGCUAUACUCAAGUGAAGUUCCACCGGAGUCGCGUGUUUAUCCUGAAAUCGCACGCAAGAAAAUCGAUAUCAAGGACCUUUACAUCGACAAUCUCCUCAACGGCGACGAUCGGUCCGCGGUGGCGAUCUCGAAACAUUUGUGUGGAGUGGCUACAGACCUGACCAUCACCUGUUGUCUCAACAGCGACGUUUUGCACCGCAAGCACGACCGACUUCGCGGAAUGGUCAUUGCGAUGUGCUGCAGACACGUUUGCGAUGCCCAGCAAUACGUCAAUAGGCCCUUCAUCGAGGAAAUGCUACAAGAUAUGCCCACUAUUUCCUACACAGAUUUUUUCAAUUCCUUGAAGAAGAUCGCGUCCUGGGCCGUGUGUGGUCGUAAACCCGGUACCGAGGACAGCGAUGUGGGCAACCAUUUCACUGAUCUUCCGGUCUGUGAACGUGAGAAACUUGGUGAAAAAGCUAGACGAAUCAUUGACGAAGGUCGUGCAGAGCAUCUGCGACGCAAUGGGUACCGUGCAGAACUAGUAAAAUACGUCGACAGCACGGUGUCACUAGAGAAUGUCGCCAUGAUAGUAAAUCGGGUCUAA